UCACUGCUAGUCUAGCUAGAAGGCAUUCGAGUACAUUUAAGCAGCUAGCUGGUGAGGUUUUGUUUUUAUUGUGCAACCUCUCGUCUAUCAGUCCACUGUUAGAAAAAAGUGAAGAUGUUAGAGUUUUUGUUUGCUGUUUUAUUAGCUACUGCAGAUAUCACACAUGCACAGUCUGGCUCCACUUACAAGGCCGCAGUAGUUGAGUUUAGUGUGAAUCAAUCAAGUAGCCAACGAGUAGAGAUCAACUUGAAUGGAUUUAAAGAUGUUCUUAACGAGAUAACGGAUCGGGGUGGUGCACAGAUCGUUGUGUUUCCUGAAGAUGGUAUUCUUGGAAUUGAAUAAGAAUCAAUUUUUCCAUACCUGGAGCAGAUUCCUAAAAUAUCCGAAUCGAACAAUCCGGUCAAUCCCUGUACCCAGUCAGAAUUUUCUGAUCGUCCAAUUUUGCGUAAUCUUAGUUGCCUUGCUCGCGAAGUCAAGACUGUUUUGGUAGCAAACAUGGGAGAUGUCCAGCCAUGUGAAGCCGGUGAUCAGCAAUGCCCUAGCGAUGGACACUACCAAUUCAACACUAACGUUGUAUUCGAAACUAAUGGAGCAUUAAUUGCCAAAUAUCACAAGCAGAACCUGUAUAGUGGAGAGAAGGUGUACUUUGACCCUGGUGCUCCAUCUUCUAACUGCAUUACUUUCCAUACAUCAUUUGGAGUAACAUUUGGAACAUUCACAUGCUUUGAUCUCCUUUAUGAUGAACCAGGAGACUGUUUAUUGAAGAAGGGUGUGAAGAACUUUGUCUUACCAACAGCCUGGGGGAACAAUUUUCCGUUCUAUGUGUCUAUAGGUGUUCAGCAAAGUUGGUCAUUGAAACACUCCGUCAAUUUCCUUGCUGCAAAUCAGCACUUUAGUAUUCCCAAAGUAUAUUACAGUUCUGGAAGUGGCAUCUAUUCAUCUGGAAAUGCGAAUUAUUUCAUAAGCAGUUACAGUCCAUCUGAAAUUGUACGAAAUGUACUUAUAUCAGAACUCCCUGUGGUUCCUACUCCGUCUACUAGCUUUAAACACAAUGGAACGGUGUUGAAUGUUGAGAAUAUUUUGAUGAGAGGCUCUAAAUACCUAACAUUUAUACCUCUAGAAAACUCUGAUGGCGUCAUUCAAGUUUCCAGGAGUGAAAACAAAAUACUCAAUAGAACGCUGAAUUGCACGCUAGAAUAUUCUAUUAAAUCGGCUGGAAGUAAUGAGCUCUAUGCCUUAGGGGUGUAUAUUGGAGUGCGACGUGAUGAUAAUUCCUUUGGUUAUGCAGUUUGCUCCUUGGUCCGUUGCAAAACAACAAAUCUUACUAGCUGUGGUAAUGCAGUUGACGGACACACUGCUGAUACUGUAUUUGAAAAGCUCGAGCUGAGUGGAACAUUCCCAGCAACCAGCACUGUAUAUGCCACUGCAUUUCAAAGUGGUCUGAAGUUAUUGAAUUCCUCUGGUAUAAGUGUUGGAGAUAAUAACUUGGUCAUCUCUGACAAGACGCGGCCAUUGCUCUCUGCAAGCCUCUGGGCUCGAGUUAAUCCGAGUGAGCCUAAAGGAAAUUUAGCUAUGAUCAUAGGGAUUACAGUUGGAGUGUUAAUAAUAUUAUUGUUGAUAAUAAUUGUAGUAACUACUAUAGUAUUAUGCAAGAAAUACCAACCCCAAAAAAAAUACGGUAAAAUCCAACAGGAUUAGCUAGUUUAGUCCUCUUUGUGGUUUAGUUUAUUUCCUGUAUUAAUUAUAGUCAUUCCCUAUACUAGCGACUGUUACAGUAUCAUUCUAUAAACUUGUCUUUCUGUGUAGCUGUUCUUAUUUUUUGCUCUGUAUAAUUAUAGUUCGCUAUUGUGAGUGGGAGCCCCAGCUCCACUGUCUUGUUCUUGUGUAUUGUUGUAUCAGUUGGUUAUUUCAA